AUGGCCGCCCGAAACUCUGCCGGUGGAGCCGCCCGUCCAGGUGGACCGAACAGAACGUGCCAGUUCAAGCUUGUGCUUCUCGGCGAGAGUGCCGUCGGAAAAUCAUCGCUCGUGCUGCGAUUCGUCAAGGGACAAUUCCACGAGUAUCAGGAGUCGACGAUUGGCGCCGCGUUUCUCACUCAAACUACCUCGAUGAACGUGAACGACAUUUUCAUGGCGAUAGCGAAGAAGCUGCCAAUCGGACCGGCGCAGGGAGAGCCAACGGGCACCGUCGACAUGAAUCAGCCACAGCAACAACAGAAGGGAUCGUGCUGUAAAUAA